ACUUAGCAGAAGUGGAGAUGCCCUGGCGAUUCUCUCUGCUUGCCAAGCUGCUGCAGGGUCGCUAACAGACUGGGGUUUUUUCUUUGCGUACACUGGACGCUGCAGCCACGCUGGUUCUGGCGCCGAGUCUCUAGUGCUGUUGCCAAAAUGGUGAUUAAAGUGUUUGUGGCAACGUCCUCAGGGUCGACGGCGAUUAAAAAGAAACAACAAGAAGUAGUAGGCUUUUUAGAGGCCAAUAAAAUUGAUUUUAAGGAAAUGGACAUAGCCUGUGAUGAAGACAAUCGAAAAUGGAUGAGAGAAAAUGUUCCAGGUGAAAAAAAGCCACAAAAUGGGAUUCCUCUCCCUCCCCAGAUAUUCAAUGAGGAACAAUAUUGUGGGGAUUUUGAUUCAUUUUUCUAUGCAAAAGAAGAAAACUAUAUUUAUUCAUUCCUAGGACUUGCUCCUCCACUAGGCUCAAUGGAAGGGAGGAUUACAGAGGAGGUACUGACUGUGCCCAAUGGGGAUAUUUCUGGAGAAGAGAACAAAACUGCAGAGGAGACUGAAAAAUCUUCUGUUACUGAAGAAAAUGAGAUGCAAGCGGAAGAUGAGGUUGAGGCCAUGCCUGAGGGUGAGGGUGAAGCUCAGGCUGAGGCUACUGAAGCACAGGGACAAGAUGAAGAACAGCCAGCAACAGAAGAAGUAGAAGCAACACAGGAAGAAGAGGAGGAAAAAAUGGAAAAAGAAGAAGAGGAGGAGGAAGAAGAAGAAAAGGAAGAAGAGGAAGAAGAAGAGGAAUCUUAAUAUAUUUGUUUGCUACUUUUUCUUCAGAAGAUGUUUCAGGAACUGACGAUAUCACUGCAGAGUGAAGACAACAAUCCCUUUCCCUCCAUAUUAUUGUUUUUCUAUGCAACUCCAGAUAUCAGCACAGAUAUAUUUUGAGACAUUAAGCAGCUCCAAAUGUGAACUUUCUACAUAAACUUCCUUGCUGUGUUGUAUAUGUACAGUAGUUUCUGCCUUGGAAUCCAGUGGGGCUUCAGAUCUUGAUGAUCAACAAGCAUUAUGAGAUUGGCUUUAGGAUAUGUGGUUUCUCUGAGCAAGGAUUAGUUCAGACUCCCUAUUGGUUUCCUGAAAGGUACGUACUAGAAUGGCCAAGCCGUUCUCAACUGGAAAACCCCAAAGAAGCUCUCAAUUUAUAUGCCAGAAUUUACUGAUCUCUAAAAUAGCCAUAGAAUAUACAGCAAUUGUAAUAAACCCAUUUCAUGCCAGUGGUGUGCUUGUGUUUGUACAAGCAUUCAUUUGUCAACGUCAGUCACAAAAUUAGACAGCUAAAAAUCAUUAUUAUUUUUCUUCCCUUACAAAAAGCAUUAUAUGGUAAUCUCUACUUCCCUCUUCUAUUUUUUUGCCAGUUUUACACUAACUUACAUUUUAUUAUUAUAAUUUCACUUUUAAUAGAGGCAGGCCUUUUCAAAAGAUACUAAUCACUGUAUCAGUGAAAGUAUAUAAGCUGGAAUAUUAGAUUUCCCUUCUGUUAAUGACAUAUUAUAUAAGGUCAAAAAUAUCAUAAGGUAAUUGAUGGAGAACAAAACUGUCUAACCCAUUCUCUUGCAAUCCUUUAUAAGCUUUGCAGGAAUCUAUGAACAUUAAUGGAAAACCCAUUGGUAAAUAAGCUAGUAAUAUCACCAUAAAGAAAUUAAUUGCAAUCCCCCUCCCCCAGCAUUAUGUGAUGACAAUAAGGGCAGGCUUAGGAAGAGUAAUCAAAUAAUUAAUUUUUGCAAUUUAGUGACUUUAGUCACAUCAGAUGAGGCACCAGGAGGAUCAAAAUAGAAAGUAUGCUGGAGAUCCAUAGACUCUUGUUAAUCUUAAUAACAAUUAGUAUAGUGCUAAUUGAGUUUUUCUCUUCUUGAUGCACACAUGUAGUUUUCUUGAUGGUAUUAUGGAAAUAAUUUGCCACUGCUUUCUUCUGCGAUGGUUUUUCAACUUUCCAAUCUAGCCUAUCUCCAAAAUAUUCUUAUGUAGCUAGCUAUUCAGGUGCUAGCUAGACGAACCCCACUUGCCUUCUAAGAUCAGCCAAAGUCUUGCUCCAGCAGGAUAAUGGUCAAAAGUAUUGGAAUUAGACUAGGGAGACUCGUGUUCAAGUUCCUGAUUAGCCCAUCUCUCAGGCUAGGAAUUUCUCACAAAGUUACUGUAAGGAUGAAUUAGGAGAGACUAGUUAAAUCUUUAAGACUCAUCACAAAAAGGCACUUGGGAUGCUCCUUUGGGUGAAGGUUAAUUGGAAAUGAGAAAGAAAAGGGCUAGAAAUAUUAUUUCCCCUUAUUCAUUCUAUUUGUAUUAUGCGUUCGUAAUUUGGGAGUGAUGCGGGGGGGAAGGAAGUUGAAAAUGAAACAGUAAAAAAAGAAAGAGGUAGCCCUCCUAAACCCAUGUGCUGCAUUACUUAUCUUGAUUUUGCUUACUGACUUGAGAAUUAGUGAAAAGAAAUAGAACAGCAACAUGCUGUAACUAUAUAAUACAUGUAGUUUCUCUUUUAGCCGCUGGGAGUCAUUGUAGUCAUCAAGACAUAUCCAGAAUGUAUAACUUCCCUAGCAAAAGAAUCUUAUUAGGUUGACAGCAAUCAGAACUACUACUGUUUACAUCAGGGGCUGGAUAAGCACAAUUGUCCUAACAUCUAUACACUCUCUGUAAUUAGCUCAAUAAAUAGUUGAAAAAAAAGUGAAGGAACAUUGAAAUUGCUGUAGGACUGCUUAUAUACAUUAAGGGUGCAGGAACUGUGGUUGCCCCAAUGUUGGUAAAUUACAGUUGCCAUUAGCCAUGCUGGCUGGGGCUCUUGGAAUCGUAGUUCAUCAACAUCUGGAGACCUAGAGGUUUCCACCUCUGCUAGAGACACAGUGUUAGGAUUUUACUGUUAAACUUCAAAUCCAUCACCUACCCACCAACCAACUUCUAAACUAGUCUUUUUCUGGAAGAACGUGCAUUAGCCUGUUUCUGAGUGAAGGCUUAAUUAGCAACCCUAUUACCUGUAAUGAUUGCACCUUAUGUGAUUUAUUUAUCCCCUCCCCUUUGUAUCAUGUAAAAGCUGCUAGAAAUCUCAGUGUACUUAAAAAGAACUUUUCUAUCCAUCUGCCUCUGUUUUUGUUUAUUUCAUAUGUCAAAGAAAGAUUUGUGGGAGAAAAAUAUUAAGGGAACUUUUCUAAUAGAAAGCAUUAAAUGUAUUCACGCUUCAAGGAAAUGUAAGACUGUAACCAUUUGAAAACUAUAAUAAGCUAAAAUAGUUUGUUAUUUUGGUGCCCAUGCCUUUUAAAACCUCUCCGGAUUUUUUAAAAUAGUAGAAUGCCCUGGAGAAUGUUGCUGGAAUACACAAAAGAGCAAAGCAAAUAUAGUUAAGGAAACAUUCUUCAUCAUCCUCAUGUCUUCAAAGAGGGGAAUGAAGUUCCUAAAAUUUCCAGUUACAGAAUUCUGGAAUUCUAGUUCCAAGAGGUGAGGAGAGCACUAGAUUGGGGGAAAUUGUUUUAGAAAUACAGUUAUCCCUAUAAUUGUAACUCUGCUUUUCACGUUUUUUGAAAUCUAAAUAUACCAAGGAUCCUUUAUCCCCAUAUUCAUCAAUAUUCUGUAACUUCAGGGAAAUAAGUUUAUCGUGACAUAAAUGAUAUGUCAUAUCAUGAUAUAAAUCAAAAAGAGCAAAAUAACUUUGGUGUGAGAUUACUGUUACCAUGCUUG